GCGCAGCUUGCGCAACCGCUGCCCGCUCCACGUGGGCUCGCAAGAAACGCGCGAGCGCGCGUACUUAAACAACGUCCACCAGCAGCCCGAACGUAGCUCGCAAAAUUUUUCAGCUAAGAUGACGUCGAUGUGUCUUGUGGCAGUGGUCUUCUCCUUCUCGGCGCUUCACGCCGUCAGCUCAUUAAGGAUAGUGGGCCAUGCAAUCGGUGGAUCCGAGAUGCUCGAACGGGAGAAAUUUGAUAUCUCAUCGAAAGCAGACCCCAACGAUGGAGCUCAAGGCGACCUCAGAAAACUCACAGAAAAACAGGCCGUCGUUAUGUUUCAAGUAAAACCUGUAAAUGACGACGAAAGCGAAGGAAUGGGCGCAGACAUGAAAGAAAUGCCAAUGGCCACAGAGAAGGGCGAUGGGGGUGAGGGCGGAAGGAGUGACCCCGUCAGUGACACCUCCAAGGCCGUGCAGCAGGCAUUGGGAAAUGCCGUGGCCGAGUUCCUUCCAGCCGCCAUGAGCGACACCCAUCGGUGAUCUCUGCUGUUUGAUGAGUAAUAAAGAAGUGCUAUGGA